AUGGGGUCUCGGUUGCGUUACUGCUUGUUCGGCAUCCGCAAGAUGGCCCACGAAACGCCAUGGUUGUGGGACGUAGGCGGCGACGUUGACGACUUCUCAGACGACGACGAUGGUCUUCACCUGGAUCUGAACACUGAUCUUAUCGGCGUCAAUCGUACUACAAAAGAUCUCAAUAUCGUGAACGCUUACAGACCGAAGUGGACAUGCGUUGAGGCCUUCCGCGAGUCCUACCAAAACUGGAGGGACGGCAUUCUGAGAUCUUUCGACCUUGACCAGUCCCGGUUUCAACCUACGUACACCGAGAAGGGACAAGAAAUCAUCAUCGAGGCGCGCCACCCAGAUAACGACAAUCUCCUUGGCUACAUUCACUUCAAAGGUGAUAAGGAUGGUAACUGUGUGGGAGGUCUGAAGGUAGUCAACUUCGAAGCCACCCUCAGAUUUUCUGAUUUAGGCACGGGAUCGACUUCCAAAGCUCGCGACCCUAGACAGACCGGACAACAUGGCGAUGGCAUGAAAAUCUCGUCUCUCGUCUACCGACGCAAUGGAUAUAAUCUUCGCUACGAAAGCGGUGGGUUUGCCUGGAGAUACAUCUACAAGAAAGGUGGCUUAGCCUGCUCUCUCAGUCGGAUUAACGAGAAGAAUCUGAAGAAGAUCAAGGAUAAGGACAAAGGCAAACCCAGGACUCACAGGCACCACGCCUGGGAGGAUGUUUGCUUGGUCAUUGCCGACACGGGGAAAACUAAGGACAUUCGUGGAUGGGAGGCACACGGCAAGCAACUCAACAUCGUCGACUUCAAGAAAUGGAUCAUUGUCACCCUCGAUAUCAAUCCGCCAAAGGAUAUCAUUCGAACGAUACACGGGGAUCUCAUCCGUGAUCCCAGCUACCAGGCGCGCAUGUACCUACGUGGUCUCUCAUUGCCGCGCGGAGGAAAGCAGGGAGACAAAUACGCAUAUGGGUACAACUUUAAUGUCGGGAAUACCAGUGCCGAUCGCGAUGCGCUUUCUGGCUCAGCAGAAGAGAGCGAUGGUAUCACCGCCAUUUGGUCAGCUGCAAUACGCGCAGAUGGGUCUACCGAUUCAGAUCUACUGUCAGACUAUACCAAGCUGCUUCUGGGUUCGAUCAGUAAGAACGGCGAUGUCAUGAUGUUCACUAACGACGAUGGUUCUGAGUCUAUGCCUCGAGAUAUCGCCAAGAAGGUCUGGGAGAAGAUGUUGACGCUCAACAUGGAUGCCGAGGGUCAGGCAGCCUUCUACUAUUCAGCUAGCGAAGGCAACAAUGAAGCCCACGUCAUCGGCGAGAAUUUGCGCAAAAGCCCUACUCCAAUUCACCCCGACUUGUGGAGGAUCUUGAGGAAGUACUCCCUUUGCAGAACGCCACGCGAAGAGCUACUACAUCGCUUUGAGUCUGCGGAGGUCGUGAGUUCUGGACCAGACACUGUCUUUGCGACAAGCAUGCGCACAAUGCUUCAAUGCUUGCUACUCUCUUCUCCAGCCACCCAAGAGAUGGAGCUUACCUUCGUGGACGGCGAACAUCUAAACAUCGACGCUGGUUUCUUCUCGGGUACCUGGAAAGUCCACAGCAAAUGGCUUACUUGGGAAGGCGCACACGAACAAGCAUUCUGCGAAGAGGACGAAUCGGGGACAUUUUCCUGCGAUCAUGCAGUCCUGCAGCUAUGGGACAUCAUGAUCUCUCAGCUUAUCGCAACCGGUGAACAUCCUCGCAUAGCUACUGAAGAACGUUGGCUGAAGAGUAUGGCAAGGAUUCGCUUGUCGCAGAUGCCUAGGUCAGUCGAGUGCCGUCAGACACAGAACAAAGGCGAGCUUAUGGUCACGUGGGAGUCCACAGACUCACACAGGCAUAAACACAAGACGGUCAAGGUCAUUCUACACUGGGGCGGCUGUGAUCUCGUAGGGACAUUGGAUGAGAACUGUCUGAACCAUGACGGUUCUGUCGAGUCUGGUCCACGCCCUACAACUGCAGACGCGAUCGAUCCGCGUAACAACGACCAAACUCCUUACGUCGACGAAGACGAUGAAAUGGAAGACAACGCCGAUCUCUACCGAUCUCCAAUUUCCGGCACUAAAGUUGAGCACAAGUCGCUCGAUUGGGGUGGUAGCUUCCCUGGAAGCCACGACUUCUACCGAACCCGCGACGAGCCAGACCAAGAGAUAUACAUCCUCAAACCCAAGAUCAGCACGAUGAAACCACGUAACAAGAGAAUGCUUUCUGGAGCCACCGAGCGCGGUGGUGCCAAGAGAUUGCGGACGAACAUCGUGGCUAACCGCGAGGACUCGUCGGCAUCCAACAAGAUUUCGGGUGGAGAACUUGAGGACGGUUCAGACACAGAUAGUCGACCCAGUCCUUUCCUGCGUCGUGGUGAGUCUGCUAUGACCCUGCGACCGGAAAGACGUAUGAACUAUCGUGAGGGUCAUCCAGGGCAGGGAAUGCGAUGGUGA